AAAUGGCGAUAGGAUUACAGAGAACUUAAGUAAAAGCUCAAUAAAUGAAAAGUUUCGAAUUUUUUGGAGUAAAAGCUAAAAACAAAUUGAGAGAGAGCCAAAUACAACGAGAAAUUAAGAGAUUUUAAGUAGGAGUCAUAAGAACGAUAAUCUUUAAAAAAAAAAUGAAGUCGGAGUUGAAGAUUGUUUUUAGUAAGUUAAAUGUGAAGAAAACAAGAAAAAAAUUUGAAAGAAGUUGGCAAAUCCAAUUGAGCCUGUGAAGAGCACUUUGGUUUGUUUUCUGUUUUAUUGAGGUAUCGACAUGUCUACCAUUACCAUUCCUUAUUUCACAGCUCUCGCCACUUAUUUUAGCUAUCUCCUGCUCUUUAUUUUCGGCGGUGUCCGGGAUAUCUUCAGAUUCUUCUGCAAAUCCGAUAAGGGCACUCCAGAGGGAUAUUCUGUAUUCCGCUUGAUUUUUGAAAACUUCUACACCCGUAGGCUGUAUCGCCGCAUUCAGGACUGUUUCAACCGGCCUAUUGCAAGUGCACCAGAUGCUUGGAUAGAUGUGAUUGAACGUUAUUCAAAUGACAACAACAAAACAUUAUUUCAAACUGGGAAGAUAAGUAGAUGUUUAAACCUUGGAUCCUACAAUUAUCUUGGAUUUGCAUCAGUGGAUGAAUACUGCACUCCACAGGUGAUUAAAUCUUUGAACAAAUUUUCUCCGAGUACAUGCAGCAGCCGUGUUGAUGGGGGUACUACUGUUUUACACAAUGAACUUGAAACGUUAAUUGCUAGCUUUGUUGGGAAGCCUGCUGCUUUGGUUUAUGGAAUGGGAUUUGCCACAAAUUCAACCACUCUUCCAGCAUUAAUAGGAAAGGGUGGGCUUAUUAUCAGUGAUCACUUAAAUCAUCGUUCUAUAAUUGCUGGUUCUCAAGCAUCUGGGUCAAAAGUUAAUAUUUUUCAGCACAACACACCUUCACACUUGGAGGAUGUGCUUCGAAAAGCUAUUGCUGAAGGACAGCCCCGGACUCAUAGACCUUGGAAAAAAAUAAUUGUAGUAGUGGAAGGUAUCUACAGUAUGGAGGGUGAACUUUGUAAGCUUCCAGAGAUUGUGGCUCUCUGCAAGAAGUACAAGGCUUACACAUAUUUGGAUGAAGCACACAGUAUUGGAGCUGUUGGUAAAUCGGGAAGGGGACUUUGUGAGCUCCUAGGGGUGGAUCCAGCAGAUAUUGAUAUUAUGAUGGGCACCUUUACAAAAUCUUUUGGAUCAUGUGGAGGCUAUAUUGCUGGAUCUAAGGAUCUUAUUAAGUGUCUGAAAUCGGUUAGUCCUGGACACCUGUAUGCAACAUCUAUGACUCCACCUGGUGUACAACAGGUUAUAUCAGCAUUGAAAGUUAUUCUUGGAGAGGAUGGUUCUAAUCGAGGAGCCCAAAAGCUUGCACGCAUACGAGAAAAUAGCAAUUUUUUCCGCGCAGAGCUGCAGAAAAUGGGAUGCCAAGUUCUUGGAGAUCAGGAUUCACCUGUGAUGCCUAUAAUGCUGUAUAAUCCAGCCAAAAUUUCAGCUUUCUCAAGAGAGUGCUUUAAACGCAAUAUUGCAGUGGUGACAGUUGGCUCUCCUGCAACAGAUUUUUUACUAUCAAGGGCUCGGAUAUGCAUAUCUGCUUCUCAUACCAAGGAGGAUUUAUUGAGAGCAUUGGAAGUGAUCAGCGAGGUUGGGGAUAUGGUGGAUAUCAAAUAUUUUCCAACAGGUCAUCAGCGAGGUUGGAGAUAUGGUCGAUAUCAAAUAUUUUCCAACUGAACCAUGGAAGCAGCAGCAGUCAAAAGAAGAGAAAAGCCUAGGUUGAAAACAACCUGAAUCAAGAGAUGACAAUCUUGAUCAUUGCAUGUUUUUGAUGAUGCUUUUGAAGCAAUUAUAUUUUAUUGUUUAUGAAGAUUUGAGUUGUUUUUCUUAGCGAGUUUAUGUCUUCUAUAAUGCCCGUGUAUAUGAUCCUUUUUAAUGGCAUUGUAUUGUAGAUCCUUUUUAAUGGGAUUACAUUGUAAAACCAUGAACAGAUUUUAGACUAAUUAUUCAAAUCUUUAGACUAACACGAACAGUAUUAUGCCAUCUUGGAAUCCAUACAAUUAUUUAAUUUAUAGGUUUGCUG